AAUAGAUAGAAGAAAGUCGUCGUAAACACCUCUUCAACAAACCUUGGAAAAUCAAGUACAGAGCGUCAGGGGAUGAUUGUCAUUGCAGUGGCUCUUAGCCGAAGCACGGGAAAAGCGAAAGCAAAUGAUCGAUAUUCACUGGUUUGAGGGAAAGACGCAACAAAUUAAUGAUCAAUGCACUCUGUUCGGUAUCACAGUAGACUGACAGGCGACUUGUAGCGGACGUAGGAAAAUCUACAAGCUGCUUCAGCAAGUUGUGCGGUCUGUCAGGAUGGCGUUGGUACAAAUGCUCGUUUCCUUCGUGAUCAUGGCAAGUCUUUGUCUGAAUAUGCUAACGGGCACUGUUGAAAGUGUAGAGGCUGUGCCGCACUCCUGCAUGCACUUCUCGCUGGUGGCUGCUGGAAUUGAUCCCUGGAUGACAUUCAAUUACGAGCAUCGCCUGGCCAAGAACCACUGGACGGAGAAUCAGAUCCUGAAUGCCCCGGAUCGCAUGGUGGCCAAGGUACUGGAGUCCACCGUAGCAGUCGCCCGUGGUGUCAAGAAAUGCCUCAAGCGUCGAACACCUGAAUGCUACCUGGCCAAAUGUCAGAACGGGGGCACUUGCGAGCCGGACAGCACCAUGUGGUAUCAUUACUACACUUGCAAGUGUCCUGCCUUGUACUCUGGUGGCCUCUGCGAAAAGAAGAACAGCAAAGCCGUAGAGGAACUGAAACAACUUCAGUCGACAGUAGACAAGCAGAAAGAAACCAUCAAAACCCUGGAUCACACGCUGACUUCGCACGGCUGGUCCAUCCGAACGCUAAAGGCCAGGGUGGAUUUCGCGGAGAGAUUCUUCCAGCCUCUCCUCUCCAGUGCACUGAGCCAUUUGCAAUCCUGCUCAAGGCAGUACCUUGGCUACCAGUACAAGAGCAAGUUCAACACUACAAACGUUGGCCAGAACGGCACAGUGACGCAGAUGACGUUCAAGAAGAAGCAGGCGAAGACUGCCCUGCGCAUCUCCUACUCCACAUCGCUCCACAUCCACGUACCAGCUGGCCAGAUCAUCACGCGAUGGUACUUUCAAAUCGACGGAUAUGACUGCAAGGUGCCGGACAAGAUCGAAAUGGUGCUCCAUCAGCCCGGCUCCUCGGCCGACCUCAACAUUCCCAUCCUGAUCGAGGGAGUUUGUGAGGAGACGACAAACGGCGCGCUGGCCAAGGGAAAUCGCGAGAUUGCGCUGUACGGCGAAGUGCCUGAGAACCAGGUGAGCACACCGACAGUACAGUACCCGUCAACAUCGCUAUUUCAAGUGCAGGAACUCUGCAAAUGAUCAACACCAUAGUGUAGUACAACAGGCGUCUCACCGGAGCUACACCUAAACUACUACGUACAAGCAAGUCACAUCUGAAUAAACCCGUUCUCAAGAAAAUCACAUCUGAAUAAACCCGGUCUCAAGCAAGUCACAUCUGGAGUACAGGAGCAGUUUGCCAUAAUUAUUAUUAUCAAAGAUCUUCUCCCUUCAAUAUCACACGUUUCUACGCGAUCAAGGAUCUCAUCUACAUAAACAAAAUAAGUCAUUUAUCUUCCUUCUGUUUCUGCGAUUGCAUUGUGUUUCUGUCAUCUACACUCUGCUGACUGUACCGCACUCUCCCUGCAGUGGACGGUUGAUUAAUCGACGACUAACUAACAUACUCACCUUCCGAGUGACGCCAUUUCUGAUGCAGAUCGCGUAUCCACAAUUGUCUUUGCCAGCCUGAACUCCUGUUUUUGCUCUGUCACAUUUAUCGAAAUCUACAUUAUUUAGAUGGGGAAAUGGGAACGAUAGCUAGGUUUCGCCUCGCAGAUAUACCCAAGAACGCAAUUGCAUGCUCUGACAAUUAGGUGCAUCAGCUACAUGUGUAAUAUGUACCUGUGUAAGGAGCGAAUCUUUGCACCUGCACCAGUAGUUGAGUGAAUUAUACAUUGGUCUCAGAUUCUCUCCCUUUCCUCAGAUUCCCUGUCUUUCCUCAGAUUCCCUGUCUUUCCUCAGAUUCCCUGUCUUUCCUCAGAUUCUCUCCCUUUUCUCAGAUUCUCUCGCUUUUCUCAGAUUCUCUCGCUUUUCUCAGAUUCUCUCCCUUUUCUCAGAUUCUCUCCCUUUUCUCAGAUUCUCUCCCUUUUCUCAGAUUCUCUCCCUUUUCUCAGAUUCUCUCUCUUUUCUCAGAUUCUCUCCCUUUUCUCAGAUUCUCUCCCUUUUCUCAGAUUCCCUCCCUUUUCUCAGAUUCCCUGUCUUUCCUCAGACUCUCUCCCUUUUCUCAGAUUCUCUCCCUUUUCUCAGAUUCCCUGUCUUUCCUCAGAUUCUCUCCCUUUUCUCAGAUUCCCUGUCUUUCCUCAGAUUCUCUCCCUUUUCUCAGAUUCCGAGGCUCUCCCUUUUCUCAGAUUCCCUGUCUUUCCUCAGAUUCUCUCCCUUUUCUCAGAUUCCGAGGCUCUCCCUUUUCUCAGAUUCCGUGUCUUUCCUCAGAUUCUCUCCCUUUUCUCAGAUUGCGAGGCUCUCCCUUUUCUCAGAUGCUCUCUCUAUUCUCAGAUUUUCUCCCUUUUCUCAGAUUCUCUCCCUUUUCUCAGAUUCUCUCCCUUUUCUCAGAUUCUCUCCCUUUUCUCAGAUUCUCUGUCAUCGUGAGCAUUGUCUCUUGUCAUUUCACUCACCUUCCCUUCCCUGGCUUCUCUAGAUGUUCGUAAUCACGUGGCCUUCAUACGCGCCGCGCAGUAGUUAUUGGAAGCGAGGAAUAUUAUUUUUCCCGUCAUAGCUUUGCUUUGUGACUUUGUUCUGAUUGAAUUCAAAUGAAUCAUGCUAAAUUAA